AUGUGGAGCUUUCUCAAGAACAUGCACUUGGCCAAGUUUUCUCUUAUCACAUGGAAUCUACAAGGAGCUCACUUGCGAGUUCUUGGCUUCAAUGAGGCAGCUGGAGAUCUUGUUUGGGUUCAACUAUGGAGAGGGACCAAGUGGAACUUCAAGGAAAAGGAACUCCAAAGGGUUUGGGCUACAAUCGCUGAUGGAGUGUACUCUUCCUCAAGGUCCAAGGCUGCUCAGAUCAGGAGCCCAGUGCUGAGAUCACAGCCUACAACACUAGCAUCAACGAGGGAGGCGCUAAGUGUUGGAGGGCUCAUCACUCCUAUCUUGUGUGCUGCUGGAGUAAACCCAACUGAUAGGAGAGCCACUGAACCAGGUUGGAUGGACAUCAAGUUUUGCAAGACCAACCUCCUCAUUGAGCACAAGGAGUUGGAUGGGAGGUUCCAAUUCAAGUUCACACAUCCAUUGGCUGGACCCUCCAAGCUUCUCCUGCCCAACCCAGAGCUCACCACAGUAGUAGGGGUGAGAACAUUGACUUCAGACCCCCUGUGUACACAUUAG